CAGAGAAACACAACUGCUAUGAACUCUUGGAAUUCCACCCUCUCUUUAAAUACUACUUUUGUACAUCCCCCAUUUUUUUUCAUCAAUGGUUUGAAUAACAUGCCCCAUGCCAAAUACUACUAUGUUUUUUUGUGUUUCGUAUUUGUGGUCUCUGUUUUGGGAAACUCCUUUGUUAUGUUUAUUAUAUACACAGAGCGCAGUUUUCACACCCCAAAGUAUAUGGCUGUUUUCAAUUUGGCUGCAGCUGACUUAGGUGAAAGCACUGCUCUUAUCCCAAAUUUAAUUGCAAUGUUUCUUUUUAAUUCACAAUACAUCUCCUUUGACGCUUGCUUGGCCAACAUGUUUUUUGUGUUUUUCUUUACCUGUUUGCAAUCUGUCACUCUUUCCAUUCUGGCUUUUGAUAGAUUGGUGGCAAUAUGCUUGCCACUGAGAUACCACGCCAUCAUCACAGUGCCAGCAAUGGCUGUGAUAUUAACAGUGGUGUGGGCAUAUGAUUCAGUUUUACUAAUUUUAAUGGUAACUUUAAUUACCAGGUUGUCCUUCUGUAAAUCCAUUGUGGUAAAAAGCUACUUCUGUGACCAUGCACCGGUAUUCUUUUUGGCAUGCAAUGACAAUCUUGUCAAUGGUGUCAUAGGAAUUGCUAAUAUAGCAUUAUUACUUUAUAUACCUUUUAUUCUGACUGUAAUGUCAUAUGUGUUCAUUGCUGGUGCACUUCUUAAAAUAGCUUCAUGGGAAGGGCGACUUAAAGCAAUUAAGACUUGUUCUGCACACCUAAUGCUGGUGACUUUAUAUUAUCUUCCAAUACUUGGCACCUACAUUGCUGCAAUUGCUUUUACCAUUCCUCCCAAUGCCAGGAUCAUGAGUACAUCAUUGGCAAAGGCCAUUACCCCCAUGUUGAACCCAAUCAUUUAUGUGCUGAACACUGAAGAGGUAAAGGAAGUCUCAAAAAGAAAAUUUCAUCGGGGAAAACUGCAGAAAUAAGCAAUCAAAACACUGCUUUUUACUGUAAUUCAAAAUACAGUAAAAUAAUGAAUUGAUAUUACAAGAAUGGUGCUUUCUGUACUCAGCAGUCUGAAAACAGAGGUAGUGGCAGAAGUUAAGAAUUCCUAACGGAAUUCUCAAAAAAACUUUUCAAAAUAAAUGGACAUCAGUGCUAGGACUUGGUUAAUAUUUUUUGUGGAAUGUUACCUUUCGAGUUUAUUAAAUUUAUUCAUUUUAAAAAGCUUAAUGUUUAAAAUGUGAUAAAUUACAAAUGUUGCUUAUGGCAAUAUUGAUUCACUUCUGAAUUUUUGCAUUCUGUUCUUGUGUUGUUUGUGAAUAAUGCACUUUGUUACACACAGUGUUUGGGAGUAGUUUAACGUGUGGUUAAACUAGCAUUAUAAUUAUAUUUUUCAGAUAGAUAACUGCAUUCAGAUUUGUGUAGUGGUUGUAGCAGUUCAUUACUUUUUUUGAGGUGG